AUAAAAAAGUAAUUCCACCACCCUAGUGCUCACUGACUCAAAAGCCAUCCCAUGUACAACAUAGGUUUUCAACACCAUUUCCCAUAAUACCCUCUUAACCCUACUCAAUUACGCAGCUUUAGCCCUACCGCAUCUCCUUAAAUACGACUACCCUAAGCUGCGUUUCUUCCCUUUCUCCCUCCUUCCUUUCCCCCUCCCAAGUUUCCGACCAUGCUUUCUCAUCUUACCUCUUCCGAUUCUAUGCUGGGAAAUGCAUUCCCCGCGUUCGACUAUGCUCUCACGCCCUGGGAUGGGCCUGAUUUUUUGCCCUUCAACCCCACUAGCCCCAACCCCGUCACCUCCAGUUCCGCUUCGGACGACCCCAAAACAACCCCUGCCCACCAAAAACCGCCCUCGGACCAGUCCAACCGGGUUGUGUCCCUCAUGGAGGAGCGAAAACGCAGGAGAAUGAUAUCGAACCGGGAUUCGGCCCGAAGGUCACGCAUGCGUAAACAGAGACACCUAGAGAACUUACGGAACCAGAUGAACCUGUUUCGGGUUGAAAACCGGGAACUGAACAACGGGUUUCAGUUCCUCCUUCACCACUGUAACCGUCUACGAACCGAAAACGAGUGGCUCCGGUCCGAACGAACCAUGCUCCGGCAAAAACUGGCCGACAUAAAUCAAAUUUUGCUCUUCCGACAAUUGCAACCAUUUUCCACUGCAUGGCCGUGCAAUAUUGUCAUGGCAGAAUAAACCUUUGAUCACCAUUAACCACAUAAACUACUAAUCACAAUUCGGCGUUCCUUAAGUAACUAAAGACAGUAACUUGUCUUAAUUUAUUUUCUGUGUAAAAUAUUUAGAGUAGUUAAAGGUGAAGUAGGGUGGGUGGUACGUACCGGUUCUUUUUUUGGAAACACGGUUACGGUUUUGGAAAAUACAUGUUAUUUUUUUUCAAAACCAGAAGGGUUAUUAGUUAUUAUACUAUG